AGACAAUGUUCUUGCUUCCUCUCCCCCUGCUGGCCCUCGUCGUCGGGGCCUACGCCGGCUCCGUCACAGACUACGCCCCUCGCGUGAACCAGCCAUGCCCCACCGAUCCUCUUAUCCGCGUCUUCACCCCGCAGAAUCAGUCUCUGCAUCCACGCGAACAGGACUAUGUCAACACGCGCCUCUCGCAGGUCAUCCCCAACGAGUGGAAGAACUGGGUCGGCAACGGCACGAGCAUCGGGUACAGCCUCGACGCCUUCGGCGGGAACUUCAGCAAGAUUGGGAUCGCCGUCAGCGGGGGCGGGUACCGUGCGGCGCAGUUCGGCGCCGGCGUUUUCUCGGGGCUCGACGCCCGCAACGAGUCGGCCAAGGCCGCCAGCACGGGCGGGCUCCUCCAGGUCUCGUCCUACUGGGCAGGCCUCUCUGGUGGCUCAUGGCUCACUGGAGGGCUCUACAUGAAUGACUGGCCAACGGUGAAGGACAUGGUGUUCGGCAACGGGGGCGACAAGCCUGGCUGGAUGCUGGACUUUUCCCUCGCCUCUCCGGACGGCGACGACAUCUUUGACGACAAGAAUCAAGAGUGGUACGGUAGUAUCAUUUGGAGCAUCAUGGCAAAGGCGGACCUAGGCAUCAAUUUCUUCUCGAACGACACUGCCCAUGGAGCAGGCCAAUUGUGGUCCAACAUCCCGCUGUCCGAUCCCUGGCAACAACAUAUCCCUCCGUUCCCGAUCAUCAUGGCGGAUUCUCGCCCCGUGGGCUCCAAUCUUACCACUGCGCUUUCACCGGAUCCUGUUGCAUACGAAAUCACACCCAUGGAGUUUGGCUCUUUUGAUCCCAAACUAUCUGCGAUGAUGAACCUCUCUUACGCCGGCACCCACUUGAACAACGGUCAGCCAGACAACGACACAGCCUGCGUGACGCAUUUCGAUCAGGCAGGAUUCGUCAUGGGCAGCAGUGCCAGUCUGUUUAAUCAAAUUCUGGACUUUGGCAGAAAUACGAUCAGCGGGUUCCAAGGAAGCAGUGCAUCUGCCAUACUCUACGUGCUCAGCCGCCAGCUGCAGGAGGUUCGCACCCGCGCGGAUGACGUUGCGAAUUGGCCAAGUCCAUUUCAAAACGUCAAGCAAGGCAACUUCGAGGACUCGAGCUCGCGAUGGCUCGAACUCAUCGACGGGUCGUCUAAUGGAGAGAACGUCCCGCUGGGUCCUAUGUUUGUGAAUGCCCGAGGCCUCGAUGUCGUUCUCGCCGUCGACGCAAGUGCCGACGCUCUGGGCUGGCCAAAUGGUUCAUCGCCACUGCAUUCUGCAAGUCGGAUCGCCACUCUCCUCCAGUCUUCUCAUCAGGACUUCCCUCCCUUGCCGGCAUCUCCGGCGGACUUCCUCUCUACCGGCGUGAACAUGCGGCCCACUUUCUUCGGCUGCGACCCAGCGAAGAAUCCGCCCGAAUAUCCUAUGGUCAUCUACUUCCCCAACUCGCCCCCGCUCAAUGGCGACGAUCCGGUCACCAACUCUGACACGUUCCAGCUCGAUUACACGCCGGAGCACACCCGGCUGUUCAUCGACCAGGUCCACGCAAACACGAUCGGCGGCUUCCAGCCCGACACGAACUCCCCCGACCCCAACUUCGGCCGCUGCCUGCAGUGCGCGGCGCUCGACCGCGCGCGGUACAAGACGAGUCCGCUGAUCCAGCGCUCCGACUUCUGCGCGACGUGCUUCAAGCAGUACUGCUUCGACCCCAGCAACCCGCCGUCCAAAGUCGCGCUGCCGAACCGCAAGCUCGCGUUCAAGAACCCGGACCCGACGGGCUUCAAGGGCGUCGCGAGCUUCUUGAGCACCAGCAAGCUGCCCAUCGCGCUGGGCUUUCUCGGCGCCGCCAUCGCGAUCGGGGCGCUGAUCGGCUUUCUGUGCUGGAGGAAGAAGCGACAGGUACGUGUGGCGCAGUACAAGCAGGUCGCAGGGCUGCACGAAGACGACGACGGCGACGAGGCGCCGUUCGCCCAGCACGGCCACUAUCCGCGCGACUCGACGGUGCCGUAUGGACCGUCGACGUACGAGAUGCCGUACAUCCCGCCAGAGACGCGAGACCCAUACCAGAUGCACCACAGCGACUCUGACAUGCCAUACGUGCCCGAAGCGCAGCAGCCGCUCGCUGCGAACCGCUGAAGGCCUUUUUUUUUCUUACGCCUUUCGUUUUGGGACAUCGGACCCUUUCUGUGGGGUUUGCGAGCUGUAGUUCAGCUAUGUAGAGCAUGAUAUAUAAUCGGUGUUUUGUUCAGU